CGGGGAUGUGGGAGGAGGGAAGAGCAGAGUGAGUAAGUUCAUCUAAUUACAUAUGCAGCUUCUACGGCGAGGCGGUGAUGAUGCUGAUGACCCGCUGUGAUGUCAUCAGGAGGGUUUCACCUUAUUUAAAGAUCUUCUGCAACCUUCACAGCAAAGAGUCCAGAGGAGCUGCUCCUUCAGGGAACAAGAUCAAUCUGGGACUCUUCACUGGACUCGUACGAACCUGAAGGGCCACGACUGACACAGAGAUGUUCUGCUCCAGGAGGCUCCUGCAGCAGUGGUGCCUCGCUCUGUUCCUGCUCUGCUCCCCGGUGCCGCACUUCGGACGUCCCAUCGAUGCCCUGAGCAGCAGAAUUAAACGCUCGGUCACUCACGCUCAGCUGAUGCACGACAAAGGUCGCGCCCUCCAGGACUUCAAGCGCCGCAUGUGGCUCCAGGAGCUUCUGGACGAGGUCCACACGGCCGAGGUCCGGGACCUCCCGGUUCGAACCACCGGAGCCGCGGGGGGCAGCAGCGGGGCCGGCGGGGGGCUGCCGGGGGUCAGCCUGGGCCUCGACCUCAGCACCACCGGCAGCACCCUGCACUCCAAACCCGCCGGAGGAACCAAGAACCUUGCGGUGGCCUUCAGCCUGGAGGACGAGGAGGGAACCAACCUGCCGCAGGAAACCAACAAGUCGCCCACGUUCAGGUCUCCAGGCAAGAAGAAGAAGAAAGGACGAGCCGGGAAGAGGAGGGAGGGCGAGAAGAGGAAGAGGAGGGUGCGCUCGUUAGGCCGGAGGGAGGAGGCAUGGAGGUCUCUGCUCGGCCUGCAGGGGGCGCUGCUUUAAAACGCUGUCACACUGACGAAGAAACGUGCGGAGAGUUGAAGUCGACUCCUAAACGCUCGUGUUACACUCGUCUGUAAUCGGGAUUGUUUGGAAAGAAAUUGUAUAAUAUUUAUUGUCUGUAAAUAUUCUAAAUAUCUCAGAAUACAUAGCAAAAUAUGAUUAAAAAAAACGUAUUGAUGCUC